AUGAAAGUCAGCGUUCUCCUCGCAAUAUCGGCUCCGGCGCUCGUGUCUGCCCAACAGUCCCUUUGGGGACAGUGCGGCGGCAUCGGGUAUACCGGGCCCACAAACUGCGUCGCAGGGGCUGUCUGUACUACUCAAAACGCCUACUACGCCCAGUGCGUCUCGGGCGGCGGUCAAGCAACCACCGCAGCCACUACCAGGGCCACAACAGCAGCUACAACCGCCGCCACAACCACUCGCACGGGCACUCAACCAGCGGGCACCGGUCUCGACAAUCUCAUAAAAGCCAAGGGCAAGAAAUAUGUGGGCUUCGCCGCCGACGGAUCCGGCCAGUUCAACGACGCCACCAUCUCAAAUAUCUUCCGUACCGAAGCCGGUUCUCUCACCCCGGAGAACUCCAUGAAAUGGGAGUCCAUCGAGCCUAACCAAGGAUCCUACAACUGGGGUACCGCCGACGCGCUUGUGAACUUUGCGCAGGCGAAUGGAAAACAAGUUAGAGGCCAUACGCUGCUCUGGCAUUCACAGUUGCCACAGUGGGUCAAGAAUAUCAAUAAUAAAGCUACUUUGACGACCGUGAUCCAAAACCACGCUGCUGCUGUAGCGGGGAGAUAUAAAGGCAAGAUUUAUGCUUGGGAUGUGGCGAACGAGGUUGUUGCUGAUGGAGGUGGAAUAAGGAGCUCGGUCUUUUCACAGGUGUUUGGAGAUUGGACGUUUUUGGAUGUGGUUUUUAAGGCGGCGAAGGCGGCGGAUCCUAAUGCUAAACUUUGCUUGAACGAUUAUAAUAUCAACUUCACUGGUGCCAAACUCAAUACUUUCAUCCAAGUUGUCAAGGAUUUGAAAUCUCGCGGCGUCCCAAUUGAUUGUGUCGGUACCCAAACUCAUACCGGAGUCGGAGACAGCAGUAUCGCCAACUACAAGAACACUUUGACGAUGUUAGCAGGUACUGGCUGUGAAGUCCAAAUUACUGAAUUAGACAUUGCAUUCCCAUCCACUGCUUCUAGCUCAGCGCUGCUGAACCAACAAAGCAAUGAUUAUAAAACCAUUGUGGCUGCUUGUAUGGGUACUAGCGCCUGUACUGGUAUUACAAUCUGGGGUGUAUCUGAUAAGAAUACAUGGAUUACUGGACGUCAUCCUUUGCUUUGGGAUGAGAACUACCAGAAGAAAGCUGCUUAUAACGGCUUUGUGGCUGGUAUUAACUCUUAA